CUCAGCACGCAGGCGUGGUGAACAGUACCGCAGGCAGGGGGCGGCAACAUGGCGGAGAGAGCUGUGUAGCCUUCAGUAGAGCACUGGCGAAUGACUACACAGCGAGCAUUACUGGCUGACACCCAGAAAGAAUCCAGAAUUAAAAGGAUAUCAUUGCGUUACGCAUUUUUUGGCUAAUAUUAGUAGUUGCAAGCAUAAUGUAUGUGUAUGGUCGUGGAGGAAAAGAGGGAGGAUUUUAACGGAAAAGAGGAUUUCCCCCGUACUAUUCCAGAAUUUUCUUUAUUUUUUUCUCAUUGAUGCUUGUGCAUAGUCGGUGGUUAUAGCUACAGCAGGUGAGAUCGGGGCCGCUCCUUUGGAUUCGAGUGGAGAUGUCGAGCGAGAAGCCGGUUUUAGUGCCGGGUUCGGUAUCGCUCUCGGACCGAGAACCUCCCCCGGGUCAUGGGCAACAGGGGACAACGGACUCUAAUACUACUGAAAUGAUGGUGUCCGGUUCGGGCUCAAUGGUCCUGCCGGCCGGGGUGAUCAAUCCCUCGGUUCCGAUCCGGAAUAUCAAGAUGAAAUUCGCCGUUCUCAUCGGUCUGAUCCAGGUUGGAGAGGUUAGCAACAGAGACAUUGUCGAGACGGUUCUGAACCUGCUGGUGGGCGGCGAGUUCGACCUGGAGAUGAACUUCAUCAUCCAGGACGCGGAGAGCAUCGGCUGCAUGGUGGAGCUGCUGGAGCACUGCGACGUGACGUGCCAGGCGGAGAUCUGGAGCAUGUUCACCGCCAUCCUGCGCAAGAGCGUGCGCAACCUGCAGACCAGCACCGAGGUGGGCCUCAUCCAGCAGGUGCUGCUCAAGAUGGCCGCCGUGGACGACAUGAUCGCAGACCUGCUGGUGGACAUGCUGGGGGUGAUGGCCAGCUACAGCAUCACGGUCAAGGAGCUCAAGCUGCUCUUCAGCAUGCUGAGAGGGGACAACGGCGUGUGGCCGAGGCAUGCGGUGAAGCUGCUGUCGGUGCUCAAUCAGAUGCCCCAGAGGCACGGGCCGGACACCUUCUUCAACUUCCCCGGACGCAGCGCUGCCGCCAUCGCUUUACCUCCCAUUGCUAAGUGGCCUUAUCAGAACGGCUUUACUCUCAACACGUGGUUCCGGAUGGACCCCCUGAACAAUAUCAACGUAGACAAGGACAAGCCCUACCUGUACUGCUUCCGCACGAGCAAAGGAAUCGGGUACUCCGCCCACUUUGUGGGCAACUGCUUGAUAGUGACGUCGCUGAAGUCCAAGGGGAAGGGGUUCCAGCACUGCGUGAAGUACGACUUCCAGCCGCGCAAGUGGUACAUGAUCAGCAUCGUCCACAUAUACAACCGCUGGAGGAACAGCGAGAUCCGCUGCUACGUCAACGGUCAGCUGGUCUCCUACGGCGACAUGGCUUGGCACGUCAACACCAAUGAUAGUUAUGACAAGUGCUUCCUGGGCUCGUCGGAGACGGCGGACGCUAACAGGGUGUUCUGCGGCCAGCUCGGGGCCAUCUACGUGUUCAGCGAAGCGCUCAACCCCGCCCAGAUAUUCGCCAUACAUCAGCUCGGCCCGGGGUACAAGAGCACCUUCAAGUUCAAGUCGGAGAGCGACAUCCACCUGGCCGAGCACCACAAGCAGGUGCUGUACGACGGGAAGCUGGCCAGCAGCAUCUCCUUCACCUACAACGCCAAAGCCACCGACGCCCAGCUGUGCCUGGAGUCCUCGCCCAAGGAGAACCCCUCCAUCUUCGUGCACUCGCCUCACGCCCUCAUGCUGCAGGAUGUGAAAGCCAUCGUGACGCACUCCAUCCACAGCGCCAUCCACUCCAUCGGCGGGAUCCAGGUGCUGUUCCCGCUCUUCGCCCAGCUGGACUACCACCAGCAGAGCGAGAGCCUGGUGGAGACCACCGUCUGUGCCACUCUCCUGGCCUUCCUGGUGGAGCUGCUGAAGAGCUCGGUGGCCAUGCAGGAGCAGAUGCUGGGCGGGAAGGGCUUCCUGGUGAUUGGCUAUCUCCUGGAGAAGUCAUCCAGGGUACACAUCACCAGGGCAGUGCUGGAGCAGUUCCUGUCCUUCGCCAAGUACCUGGACGGCCUGACCCACGGGGCGCCCCUCCUAAAACAGCUGUGUGACCACAUCCUGUUCAACGCCGCCAUCUGGAUCCACACGCCCGCCAAGGUGCAGCUGUCCUUGUACACGUAUCUCUCUGCGGAGUUCAUCGGCACGGCAACCAUCUACACCACCAUCCGGCGGGUGGGCACGGUGCUGCAGCUCAUGCACACGCUCAAGUACUACUACUGGGCCAUCAACCCCGCCGACAGCAGCGGCAUCACGCCCAAGGGCCUGGACGGACCCCGGCCGACGCAGAAGGAGAUCAUCUCCCUCCGGGCCUUCAUGCUCCUGUUCCUCAAGCAGCUCAUUCUCAAGGACCGCGGGGUGAAGGAGGACGAGCUGCAGAGCAUCCUGAACUACCUGCUAACCAUGCACGAGGAUGAGAACAUCCACGACGUCCUGCAGCUCUUGGUCGCCCUCAUGUCGGAGCACCCCGCCUCCAUGAUCCCCGCCUUCGACCAGAGGAACGGGAUUCGGGUCAUCUACAAGCUUCUGGCUUCCAAGAGUGAGAGCAUCCGUGUGCAGGCGCUGAAGGUCCUGGGCUACUUCCUCAAGCACCUGGGCCAUAAGUGCCCAAAAUGCAACACCGUGACCGUCACCACCUACAACACCCUGUACGAGAUCCUGACGGAGCAGGUGUGCACGCAGGUGGUGCACAAGCCCCAUCCCGAGCCGGACUCCACCGUCAAGAUCCAGAACCCGAUGAUCCUGAAGGUGGUGGCCACGCUGCUGAAGAACGCCACGCCCAGCGUGGAGCUGAUGGAGGUGCGGCGGCUCUUCCUGUCGGACAUGAUCAAGCUGUUCAGCAACAGCAGGGAGAACCGGCGGUGCUUGCUGCAGUGCUCCGUGUGGCAGGACUGGAUGUUCUCUCUGGGCUACAUCAACCCCAAGAGCUCGGAGGAGCAGAAGAUCACCGAGAUGGUCUACAACAUCUUCCGCAUCCUGCUCUACCACGCCAUCAAGUACGAGUGGGGAGGCUGGCGCGUCUGGGUGGACACGCUCUCCAUAGCCCACUCUAAGGUGACCUACGAGGCCCACAAGGAGUACCUGGCCAAGAUGUACGAGGAGUACCAGCGGCAGGAGGAGGAGAACAUCAAGAAGGGGAAGAAGGGCCUGGUGAGCACCAUCUCCGGGCUCUCCGCCCAGGCCGCGGGCAUCAAGGGCGCCAUCGAGAUCCGCGAGAUGGAGGACGGCGGCUCGCAGACGCAGACGCCCGAGAGCGAGGCCGACUACCCCGAGAGCGGGGACCCCCGAAACCUGCUGGCCGAGCCCAAGGGCGCGGGGGAGGAGGAGGAGGAGGAGGAGGAGGAGGCGCUGGCCGGGGCGGGGAGGCGGGCCGUGGCCGGGGUGCGGGUGGAGGUGCACGACCUGCUGGUGGACAUCAAGGCGGAGAAGGUGGAGGCCACGGAGGUGAAGCUGGAUGACCUGGACCUGUCGCCGGAGACGCUGGUGGUGGGGGUGGGGGUUGGGGUGGGGGUCGGGGUGGGCGUGGCGGAGAACGGGGCGCUGGUGGAGGUGGACUCGCUGCUGGACAACGUUUACUGCGCCGCCGUGGAGAAGCUGGGCGGGGCCGGCGUGGGGGGCGGGGUCAACGGCGAGAGCGGCGAGGACAAGAACACGGGCCCGCUGAUCACGCUGGCGGACGAGAAGGACAGCGUCCCCAGCAACAGCGGCUUCCUGUUCGGGAAGGUGGGCGGCGGCCCGGAGCUGACGCCCGCCGAGCCGCUGGUGCUGCCCGGCCCCGAGCCGCCCCCCCUGCACACCGUCGCCGGCGACGACCUGGGCCUGCUGGCGCACAUGACGGGCAGCUCGGACCUGGCCCCGCCCGCCAGCCUCCUGGAGGAUGCCGAGUUCAAGCUGCGCACCGCGCUGGCGGACAUCGACGGCAUCGGCGAGAGGACCGAGUGCGCCGCCAAGGGCGCCGAGGGGGUCGCCGCAGCGACGGACGCCGACCCGUCCGCCGCCAAGGCGGGGGGCGGGGCCGACGCGGCCAGCACCAUCUCCGACACGGAGCGGUCCGACGACGGCAAGGACAAGGAAAUCAAGAAGAUCCAGACCACCGCCACCACGCAGACGCUGCACGGGCGCAUGGCCAGCCAGAUGGAGCGGGACCUGCGGGUGGACCUGGGUUUUCGGGGCAUGCCCAUGACGGAGGAGCAGCGGCGCCAGUUCAGCCCCGGCCCACGCACCACCAUGUUCCGCAUCCCAGAAUUCAAGUGGUCGCCCAUGCACCAGCGGCUGCUCACCGACCUGCUCUUCGCCCUGGAGACCGACGUGCACGUGUGGAGGAGCCAUUCAACCAAGUCGGUCAUGGACUUUGUAAACAGCAACGAGAACAUCAUUUUCGUGCAUAAUACCAUUCACCUAAUUUCUCAAAUGGUAGACAACAUCAUCAUCGCCUGUGGAGGAAUACUGCCCCUGCUGUCCGCUGCCACGUCUCCUUCCAGUUCUAAGACGGAGCUGGAGAGCAUCGAGGCCACGCAGGGCAUGUCCUCGGAGACGGCCGUGACCUUCCUGAGCCGCCUGAUGGCCAUGGUGGACGUGCUGGUGUUCGCCAGCUCCCUCAACUUCAGCGAGAUCGAGGCCGAGAAGAACAUGUCCUCCGGGGGCCUGAUGCGCCAGUGCCUGAGACUGGUUUGCUGUGUGGCUGUGAGAAACUGUUUGGAGUGCAGGCAGAGACAGAGGGACAGAACAACCAAAUCCUCCCUCCCCAGCAGCAAGACCCAGGAGAACCUGCAGAACGUUCCGCCUGUCAGCAAGGAUCCUGACAGGCUUCUGCAGGAUGUGGACAUCAAUCGGCUACGAGCCGUUGUUUUCCGUGAUGUGGACGACAGUAAACAGGCGCAGUUCCUGGCGCUGGCCGUGGUCUAUUUCAUCUCCGUCCUGAUGGUCUCCAAGUACCGGGACAUCCUGGAGCCCCAGCGUGAGAUUGGCAGGUCCAGCAGCCAAUCGGGGAGGAGCAUCCGGCAAGAGAUCAACUCCCCAACCAGUACUGAGAACCCCAGCGCCUUCGCGGACGGCGCCAAGGACACGCCCACGCCGGUGGAGGACCUGCACGUGGAGAGCUCGCUGCCGCACACGGACUCGGGCAUCGGCGAAGAGCAGGUGUCGGGCGUGCUGAACGGGGGCGACCUGGAGGCGGGGGCGGGGGCGGGGCCGGGGCUGGGGCCGGGGCCGGGGGGGCCCGACGCCAUGAGCGAGCUCCUCUGCACCCUCUCCUCGGAGGUCAAGAGGUCGCAGGAGAGCCUGGCCGAGUCGCCCGGCGUGGAGGUGCUCAGGCCCGCCCCCUCCAUCUCCAGCAUCUCCCAGGGGGGCAGCAAGGGCAUCAACGUCAAGGAGAUCCUCAAGAGCCUGGUGGCCUCGCCCGUGGAGGCGGCCGACGCCGGGCCGGAGCCCCUCCCCUACCCAGACCCGGCCGUCAAGACCCAGGCCCAGGCCAUCCUGCCCAUGCAGUUCCACUCCUUCGACAGGAGCGUGGUGGUGCCGGUGAAGAAGCCGCCGCCGGGCAAUCUGGCGGUCACCACCGUGGGCAGCGCCAGCGCCGCGGGCGGCCCCGCCUUGGGCAGCACGCCCAACAUCUUCGCCGCCGCCUCCACCGCCACGCCCAAGAGCAUGAUUAACACCACAGGUGCAACAGACUCCGCCUCCUCUUCCUCCUCCUCUUCCUCCAGCUUUGUAAACGGAGCCACCAGCAAAAACCUGCCGGCGGUGCAGACGGUGGCGCCCAUGCCUGAGGACACGGUGGAGAACAUGAGUAUCACCACUAAGCUGGAGCGUGCGCUGGAGAAGGUGGCCCCGUUGCUAAGGGAGAUCUUUGUGGACUUCGCGCCGUUCCUGUCGCGCACGCUGCUGGGUAGCCACGGGCAGGAGCUCCUCAUAGAAGGUCUGGUGUGUAUGAAGUCCAGCACCUCAGUGGUGGAGCUGGUCAUGCUGCUCUGCUCACAGGAGUGGCAGAACUCCAUCCAGAAGAACGCCGGUCUGGCCUUCAUCGAGCUCAUCAACGAGGGCAGGCUGCUGUGUCACGCCAUGAAGGACCACAUCGUGCGCGUGGCCAACGAGGCGGAGUUCAUCCUCAACAGACAGCGCGCCGAGGACGUCCACAAGCACGCCGAGUUUGAGUCGAACUGCGCCCAGUAUGCCGCGGACAGGAAGGAGGAGGAGAAGAUGUGCGAUCACCUGAUCAGCGCCGCCAAGCACAGAGACCAUGUGACCGCCAACCAGCUCAAGCAGAAGAUCCUCAACAUCCUGACCAAUAAGCACGGGGCCUGGGGCACCCUCUCACAGAGCCAGCUGCACGACUUCUGGCGGCUGGACUACUGGGAGGACGACCUUCGGAGGAGGCGGAGAUUCGUACGCAACGCCUUUGGCUCCACCCACUUGGACGUUUCGCUCAAGGCCCUGGAGGACUACGGCACGGAGGAGGACGAGAUGGUCAAGUCGAAGAAGGCCUUCCGGAGCCAGGCGGUGGUCAGCCAGAACCCCGAGUCGGAGCUGAUGCUGGAGGGGGACGACGACGCCGUCAGCCUCCUGCAGGAGAAGGAGAUCGACAACCUGGCGGGCCCUGUGGUCCUGAGUACUCCAGCUCAGCUCGUGGCGCCGGUCAUCGUAGCUCGAGGGACGCUCUCCAUCACCACGACCGAGAUCUAUUUUGAGGUGGAUGAAGAUGACUCCGCCUUCAAAAAGAUUGACGCCAAAGUCUUGGCCUACUCCGAGGGUCUGCAUGGGAAAUGGAUGUUCAGCGAGAUCCGCGCGGUCUUCUCCAGACGCUGCCUCCUGCAGAACACCGCCCUGGAGGUCUUCAUGGCCAACAGAACCUCCGUCAUGUUCAACUUCCCGGAUCAGGCCACUGUGAAGAAGGUGGUCUACAGUCUACCCCGGGUGGGCGUCGGCACCAGCUAUGGCUUGCCCCAGGCCAGGCGCAUCUCCCUGGCGACCCCGCGGCAGCUCUUCAAGUCCUCCAACAUGACCCAGCGCUGGCAGAGGCGGGAGAUCUCCAACUUCGAGUACCUGAUGUUCCUCAACACCAUCGCAGGGAGGACCUAUAACGAUCUGAACCAGUACCCGGUCUUUCCCUGGGUCCUCACAAACUACGAGUCCGAGGAGCUGGACCUCACCCUCCCGGGGAACUUCAGAGACCUGUCAAAGCCAAUCGGAGCCCUGAACCCCAAGCGCGCCGUGUUCUACGCGGAACGCUACGAGACGUGGGAGGAGGACCAGACGCCCCCGUGCCACUACAACUCCCACUACUCCACCUCCGCCUCCACCCUGCGAUGGCUGGUCAGAAUAGAACCCUUCACCACGUUCUUCCUCAACACCAACGACAACAAGUUCGACCACGCCGACCGCACCUUCUCCGCCAUCGCCCGGUCCUGGAGGAACUGCCAGCGGGACACCUCCGACGUCAAGGAGCUGAUCCCAGAGUUCUACUACCUCCCCGAGAUGUUCGUCAACAGCAACGGCUACGAUCUGGGAGCGAGGGAUGAUGGGGCGGCGGUGUGCGACGUGGAGCUCCCUCCGUGGGCCAAGAAGCCGGAGGACUUCGUUCGGAUAAACAGGAUGGCCCUGGAGAGCGAGUUUGUGUCCUGUCAGCUCCAUCAGUGGAUCGACCUUAUUUUCGGCUACAAGCAGCGGGGCCCGGAGGCGGCCCGCGCCCUCAACGUCUUCCACUACCUGACGUACGAGGGCUCCGUCGCCCUGGACAGCAUCGCCGACCCCCUGCUGCGAGAGGCGAUGGAGGUGCAGAUUCAGUGUUUUGGACAGACUCCAUCUCAGUUGCUUAUUGAGCCACAUCCGCCACGAAGCUCCGCCAUGCACCUGUGUUUCCUUCCGCAGAGCCCCCUCAUGUUUAAGGACCAGAUGCAGCAGGACGUGAUCAUGGUGCUCAAGUUCCCCUCCAACUCGCCCGUCACCCACGUGGCCGCCAACACCCUGCCCCACCUGAGCGUGCCCGCCGCCGUCACCGUCACCUGCAGCCGGCUCUUCGCCGUCAACCGCUGGCACAACACCGUCGGUCUCAGGGGAGCACCAGGGUACUCUCUGGAACAGGCCCACCACCUGCCCAUCGAGAUGGACCCCCUUAUUGCCAAUAACUCUGGGAUGAACAAAAGACAAAUCACAGACCUGGUGGACCAGAGCAUCCAGAUCAACACGCACUGCUUUGUGGUGACGGCCGACAACCGCUACAUCCUGGUGUGCGGCUUCUGGGACAAGAGCUUCCGCGUCUACUCCACCGAGACAGGAAAGCUGACCCAGAUCGUGUUCGGGCACUGGGACGUGGUGACGUGUCUGGCCCGGUCCGAGUCCUACAUCGGGGGCGACUGCUACAUCGUUUCGGGGUCCCGGGACGCCACGCUGCUCCUGUGGUACUGGAGCGGGCGGCACCACAUCAUCGGAGACAAUCCCAACAACAGUGAUUACCCAGCACCCCGGGCUGUGCUGACUGGUCACGAUCACGAGGUGGUGUGUGUGUCCGUCUGUGCGGAACUGGGCCUGGUCAUCAGUGGUGCCAAAGAGGGGCCCUGUCUGGUGCACACCAUCACGGGGGACCUGCUGCGGGCCCUGGAGGGCCCCGAUAACUGCCUGUGCCCGCGGCUGAUCUCCGUGUCCAGCGAGGGCCACUGCAUCAUCUGCUACGAGCGCGGCCGCUUCUGCAACUUCAGCAUCAACGGCAAGCUGCUGGCGCAGAUGGAGGUCAACGACUCCACCCGGGCCAUCCUCCUGAGCAGUGACGGACAGAACCUGGUGACGGGCGGGGACAACGGGGUGGUGGAGGUGUGGCAGGCCUGCGACUUCAAGCAGCUCUACAUCUACCCCGGCUGCGACGCCGGCAUCCGAGCCAUGGACCUGUCACAUGAUCAAAGGACUCUGAUAACGGGCAUGGCAUCCGGGAGCAUCGUGGCUUUUAACAUCGAUUUUAACCGAUGGCACUACGAGCACCAGAACAGAUACUGAGAGAGGAGCAAGGCAGAGCUGGCGGAGGGGAAAAGGAGAGAGGGAUGCCCCGCCCCUGGCCCCGCCCCUUCCUCCGCCUCUGGCCCCGCCCCCUCCUCCACAUGGCAGGACGCAGGCUGAGGUGGAGAAGAGCCCAGAAGCCAGGAACAGAACAAAUCCCAGAAGAAGAAAAGGAAAAUGAAAACGAGAGGGAGAGAGAGAGAGAGAGAGAGAGAGGGAGAGAGCGGGGAAAAAGAGAGAGAAUCUGAAAGACUACGGCCUCUUGCCUCUUGGUGAGCUGUCCAUUCCGCUUGGCAAUAGACGAGCAUCAUAAGUCAGAACACCUUAAAAACGAUCAUUUUCUGUGCGUUUUUGUUUUACACCUGAGCCUCAGCUAAGCUCAUCUUUAUCAUGUGAAUCAAUUGUAGAUCUGUGGGGAGGACUAGGGAUGGAUUUCCCCUGCAAAGUGCUAAUUGGGCGGGGUGGGAAUUCUCCUAAUCUGAGUGGGGAAAAAAAUACGGCAAGGGAAGGAGAAUUCAGCGCAAACACAGGAAUUCCGAGCUUUUAGAGCAUAUCGACUUUUGUUCGUAUUUUUUCAGAAACUGAAAAUACGUAAACAAAAUGGCGCCUACAGUGAACAACUUUGAUACUUUGUAUGGCAGAUGCACACCUUAACCUUAGAGGGAUACUUUUUUAAAAAGAAAAAGUAAAACCUUGUUAAAAAAAAUAAAAAUAAAAAAGUAUUUCAUACACAGGUAGGAGAAAAAUAUAAUUGUGCAUGAACUAUAAAUGAACUAUAAAUCUGCUGUUUUGGUAGAAAAAGCUGGAUUUUCACAGUUAAACUGUUAUUAUCGGGUGAGGAGUUCUUCAUUAGAUAACCAAGGCCUUUUCAUUACUACCUGUUCAAAGACACCCCCCAGUGCAUCCCUCAACUCUGUUUAAAAACGUACUUGUUGUGUGAUAACAUAGCCACACCCAUUUUAAUUAUCGCCUAGCAGUGGUGAUGGUGGUGAUAUACUGAGUUCAUUUUCAUGUUUGUUUGUUAUAAGGAGGGCCUCAAUCACAUACUCUGUUAGUGACACAUAUAUACUGUACACAGUACCUUGUAAACACAGUUUUGUUUGCUUAGAAAUUAAUUUCAGGAGGAAACUAUCAAAAAAUUAUUUUUAUUAAUUAUAAAGGAAACCAUCGUUGUGAAACAUUCACGUUCACUUCUGAGUCCGUUCUAACGUUAUAACUUAUAAUUUAUUCUGUUAAAAUGAAUGGCGGUGAAUAAUGGGAUUUGCUCUAUUUUAAAGUGAUUAGCAGCAAAGAUAGGGGGUUUACUGUAUGUUUAAAGUGAACGGCAGCGGAGGAGGUGAGGUGGUAAGGACAGAUGUCUCCUGCUUACAGGUAGGCUCCGACAACUCAUCCAGGGUAAAACAGUUUCAAAUCCUUCAUGUUCCUUGUAUAUUUGGUGACUGUUUUGUCAUAGAUGUACAUAUUGUGUUGGUAGGGCUACGAGGCAUGUCAUGAGAAUGUAAUUUUCUCAAGAUAACUAAAAAAAAAAAAAUUUUAAAAAGAAGAAAAAAAUUAAUAUUCACUCGCAGUCAUCUAUUUAAGGGAAAUUAAUGGAAAUCUUUGUAUUGGCACUUUGCACCAGAAACAUAUCAUUAUUUAUUGCUGUGAUUUACCGAUCUGUCAUCCACCGUGUAUUAGUGGGUUUUAGCACUGAAUUCUUUACUCAUUGAUAUUUGUAUUUUAAGACUUAUUAAAAUCACGGGGAAAUCAGUGUAGUGACAUUCUACAACCACAAAGACAGAAAGCAAUAUGAGUCUACGGCCUGUGCAGAGAUAAGAGGUGAGAUAGGGGUAUCUUUAGGCAUCUGGAUUAAACACACACACACACACACGCAUACACACACACACGCACACAUGUACAUGCGCACGCAUGUACACACAGCUACACAACUCACAAACCGUUUGACAGGUUUUAAUGUCAUCCAAAAAUGAUGGUGAAAUAUUUUUGGAUAUGUAAAAUCUUAAAUACUAUCGUAACCAUGUUUUAUUGCAGAGAUGUAAAAUAUGCCACAUGUGUGUGAGUUGAAAACAAAAAGAUAAAAAAAGAAAAAUAAAAUAUGCAAAGAAUUUGA